AACAGCCCAGGCCCACUGAGUUGCGAUAUUUCCGACAGCACCUGAAGGCAACACCCAGUAGCUCUCCGGUUAGCUAGCUGGUGCUUCACUUUAGCCACUUCCCGGCAAACUUAGCGGUUGUGCACUGCUCCUCUUUGUGCUGCUAGCUGCUAAUAACACAACAACAACAACAACAACAACUGUAAAGGCGUAUGGGCUGACACGGGCCACAUGGACCUGAGUGAGCAUGUGUUGUCGGCGGGCCGGGCGGUGCUGGACUGGGUGCAGCGGGAGUGGGAGCCGCUGUCCCAGGCCGAGCUGGAGCAGCGGCUGGACCAGGCGGUGGAGGAGAUCCUGGAGGCAGACUUGGUGGCCAAAGUUAAAGCCCAACCUCCUGCCGCGAUUUACCUCCAGCUGGUGCAGAGUCCGGCUGCCGCAGAGCCCCAGGUCGUACCCGCAGAGGCAGCCCUCUGUCCCGCUGAGGAGGAGCCCCAGGGCGGCCAGGAGGCACCGGACACUGCGGACAGUAACGCAGUCAAGUACAUCACAGAGCUGCUCCAGAGCUCCAAAUCGCAGCACAGCAGGGCUCGGCUGGCUGGACGGGCCCGCCUGUCCCUGUCCCACACGGUGCUGCUGUCCCUCACCCUGCUCUCCAAGAGGAUCAGCUAUCGCUCCGUGUCCACCCGCUUCCGCCUGGAGAAGGGAAACAUCCACAGGAUCUUCUUUUCUUUCUGCGAGCGAGUCAACAUACUUGAGGAGGAGCAGAUCAGGUGGCCAGUGGACAGAGAAGCUGCAGAGGCCCUUUUCCCUUUAUCCAGUCUACUGGGAAAAGCUGAGGGACCGGAGGUGCAAGGCGUCCCACAGGUGCUGGGGGUCCUGGGCCACACCCGCAUCCCAAUCCGCCUGCCUAUAGGCAAACACGAUGUGGAGAGCACGGUGCCAGAGGUGAAGAGGAUGAAGAAGGAGGCCCAUCCUGACUCGUGGCUGAACCUUGAGCUCACGUGCGACCGCAGAGGCCGCUUCCUGCACUGCAGGAUCAGUAAGGGCUCAGACACGGACAGAGCCGGCGAUCUGAGGGACAAACUUAAGCAGCAUCCCGAGCUGAUGCCCCCCGGCUCCUGCCUGGUGGCCAGAGCCGGCUACCCGCUCACCGCUCACAUUUUAACUCCGUACGUCGGAAGUCUCGGGCCGAGGGAGAACCUGUACAACAAGACGCUGGAGGUGCACUUCAGCAUCCUGGACCAGGCCGUCGCCAGCCUGAAAGCCCGGUUUCAAAGGCUCAGGUAUCUGGACAUUGGGAAUUAUGAGCGAGCCAGAGCGGUGGUAUUGACUGCCUGCGUGCUGCAUAAUGUGUUUCUGGACAUGGGCCACGUGGUUCAAGGAGAUGUGGAGAAAGAGGAGGCCUCAGACCAGGAUGGAGAGGGGGAGCUGGACGAGGAGGGUGUGAGCAGGAGGGACGCCGUCUCUCAUUUGUUGUAUAAAGACUUGGACUCAUGAUGUUUUUGUGAAUGUGGUGAAGAGGGACAAGAGCUGUUGUAGUGUCUGUGUUCAGAAAAUUAAAUGGACAAAUCUUUUUUAUACAUUUUCUUUAUUUAAACACAA